UCCAAGUUCUGUCAUUAGCUGCAGUUCGUCAGCUACGUCGGAAAAAAAAUCGCGUCUGGAAGUAAUUGUACGGUGUUGUCCGCGUUCGUUUUAUCUAAUCGUGAUUAAGUUGUUGUUCUGAUUCUUGUGUGCUUGUGUAUACGUACUAAGAUAUAAAUCUAGCAAUGGCUUAUCAGGGAGGAUUUCCGCAACAGCAGUACGGAGGCUAUGGACAACACCCGCCGCCAGCCGCUGGUUACGCAGGCGGCUACGGUGGAUACGCACCGCCACCCCAGCAACCGCCCGUCAAUCCGGAAAUUCAGAACAUCUUCCGAAACAUUGAUAAAGACAACACGGGGCGUAUUAACAACCGGGAACUGCAGCAGGCUCUGAUUAAUGGACGGGGCGAUCACUUUUCGGAUACCGCCUGUAACCUGAUGAUCAGCAUGUUCGAUCGGAACAAGACCGGCACGGUAGACAUUUACGACUUUGAGAAGCUAUACAACUACAUCAACCAGUGGCUGCAGGUGUUUAAAAAUUUUGACCGCGACGCAUCCGGACACAUCGAGGAAAAUGAACUAACCCAAGCGUUGACGCAGAUGGGCUUUCGCUUUUCGCCACAGUUCAUACAGUACCUGAUCGCGAAGAACGAUCCAGUCAAUAGGAAGGAAAUCUCGGUGGACCAAUUCAUCGUGACGUGCAUUCAGAUUCAGCGCUUUACCGAUGCAUUCCGCGUGCGCGAUACCGAACAGAAGGGCAUCAUCACGAUUGGUUUCGAGGACUUUCUAGGCAUUGCAUUGUCGAUGUGUUCCUAAAAUUGUGCGAGCGGGGACAGUUCAGGCCGAAGGAUCUUCGAACCCGAUUCGACGCUCUAACCUAACCGCUAUCGUUUAAACACACAACACGGACACACAAAUACACAUACACACACACACAGAUACGCUACACACGCAGAAAAGGUAAAGUAAUGCACGGUGAAAAAAAGAAACAACUGUUAAAGUAUUCUACUAAACGGACAAAAGAUGGAAAACUAUGGCAGGGCGUGUGAUGUGGAUGGUACCGGGAUGAAUGUUGUCGAUGAGCCUUAUUCAGUUGAAUGAAAUACGCUUUUGUGAGAUUGAAUCAAAAUAACCCACUCAGAAAGGAAACAAAACAAACAAACAAAAAAAACCAUUGCUAUAUUAAUGAUCACUUGGUAGCGGAUGCAAACGGUAGACCUAGCCGCGGAACCAGCAACUACUACGAUUUGCGUACCGUAAAGAACAAGAAACAAUCAGUGCAACAAGAUGCCCAAACAUGUAAACCGUUAACAUCAUAACUUAUUCCAUGCCGAAACACCAAUAUUCAUCUUAUCGUACAUUGAUUAAACGAGGGAAAGGGUAAUAGUAUAGCAGACCUACUACAACCACAAACACAGUACCACACUAUCCGGAGUACCGACCGAUUAAACAACCAUAUGCGUCAUAAUUUAUCUAGUUUAAAAGGCACGCUAUCAACGAGAUGAUGAGAGUGAGGAGCAGAUCUUACGCUAGAAUGAAAAGAAGAAAAGGGAGGAAGGUGGAAGAUAGGAGGGGGGGGGGGGCGAUGAAGGGAUGCAGCACAUAUAAACACAUACAUCUUGGGAAGCGCACGGUUUCCGUUCGCUCCGUUCGCUGCUGGAGCUAGUUAUAUCUUUUGAGUUGAUUGGCAAUGGUUUCUGCGCAUUGGAGAGCUAUCGUCGUCUUAUUAUGUGUGGUAUAAGUUUUUCGCAAACCGCCGCCAGUAUGCGUAUGGGAAGCUCUAGCGCGCGUUAGUGACUUCGUCGGUGGUGCCGGCGGCGAUGGUAACAAACGACGAAGAAUUUAUUGUAUUUUAAUCUAUCGGUAAUAAAUGUACUAUUAUCUA